AUGUCGGACAAGGAAUCUCGUAGCGACCCCGAGUCCUGUGCCACCGACGCUCACCUUUACAACUCGACCAUCGAGCACUUGACGUGGCGUGGCGUCACCGUUACCGUCAAGGACCGCGAGACCAAGCAACCGCGAAAUAUUGUUGACGAUGCCUUCGGCAUAGUUCGGGCCGGUGCGUCUAUACCCCCUCAGAGUGCGGACCUCGCGUCGAUCAUUCUUGUUGACAUUGCGUUGCUAGGCGAGAUGUGCGCCCUCAUGGGCCCGUCGGGAUGCGGCAAGACAACACUGCUGAAUGUCCUCGCCGGCCGCCCGACCAACGCGAGCAAAGUGGAAUCGGAUAUUCUGGUUAACGGGAAGCACGUCUCCAAAUCCGACUUUCGACAAAUCUCGUGCUUCGUCGAGCAGGAAGACGCCCUCAUCGGGUCCCUCACAGUCCGCGAGACGCUCGACUUCUCAUCGCGGAAACAGCCUCGACCGCAAACAGCGCAUCCGCCGCAUCGACGCCCUCCUCCACUCUUUUGGCCUCACCGAGCAGGCCGGCACCCUCAUCGGCACACCCAUCCGCAAGGGCAUCUCGGGUGGGCAGAAGCGCCGCGUCGGCGUCGCGAGCCAGCUGCUCAUGAGCCCGAAGCUGCUCUUCCUCGACGAGCCGACCAGCGGACUGGACUCGGCCGCCAGCUGGGAGGUGGUCAACUACCUGCGCGACGUCGCCCGCCGCAACAAUCUCAUCGUCGUUUGCUCCAUCCACCAACGCAGUACUUUGGCUCCGUCGAGACCGUCGUGCCGCACUUUGAGCAGAUCGGGGUCCAGGUUCCCAAUCAAGUCAACCCCGCCGAGUUCUUGUUAGAGCUGGUCAACAUUGACUUUGCCCGGGAUAAGGAGGCUGCGGCGAUACGACUGGGCGAGCUCCAAGAGGCCUGGGAGACGUCACCAACUUGCAAGAGUGGACGCGACGAGGUCGAGGUGGCCGCGCGGUCAAGUAGCGGGCUCACGCUGGAUUCGGUCGAAAAGAGGCCGGGAUCGCCGAGUCUCGUCUUGACGCUGCUUCAUCGCAGCUUCAUCAAGAGCUACCGCGACGUCGUGGCGUAUGGCAUUCGGAUAGCCAUGUAUCUGGGCCUGGCCAUCAUGGUGGGCACGGUGUGGGUGCGCCUCUCGGCAACGCAGACGUCGAUCCAACCACUUAUCAACGCCCUCUUCUUCGGGUCUGCCUUCAUGUCCUUCAUGGCCGUCGCGUACGUGCCGGCCUUCCUCGAGGACCGCUUCCAGUACGUCAAGGAGCACCAGAACGGGCUGUACGGCGCCGCCGAGUUCAUCGUGUCCAACUUCAUCAUCGGCGUGCCUUACCUUUUCCUCAUCUCGGUCCUCUUCUCCAUCAUCUCGUACUGGCUUGUCAACUUCCAGCCGACGGCGGUGGCCUUCUUCACGUGGGUCAUGUGGCUGUUUCUGGACCUGCUGGCGGCCGAGUCGCUCGUCAUCUUCAUAUCGUCGCUGGUCCCCAGCUUCGUCAUCUCGCUGGCGCUCGUCGCCUUCGCCAACGGGCUGUGGAUGGCAGUGGGCGGCUUCAUGGUGCCGCCGACGAUCCUCAACGUCUUCUACAAGUACGUCUUCCACUACUGGGACUACCAGAAGUACGUCUUCCAGGGCAUGAUGGUCAACGAGUUUGCCGACCGCGUGUACUCGUGCGGCAGCGGGUGCCGGUGCAUGUACGACUCGCCACUCGCGGAUCAGUGCGAGAUUGCUGGGCAGGCGGUUCUGGACCAGUACGGGUACGCGACGGACGAGCUCGGGCAGAACGUCGGAAUCAUGGUUGCCAUUAUUUUUGGGUAUCGUCUGGCAGCUUGGAUCGUGCUCAAGCUGCGCAGAUAG